GUCAACGGUGUGUUGUUCAGAAUGGCGAAUUUCCAGUGGCCGUGGCAGUACGAAUUUCCACCGUUUUUUACCUUACAACCCAACUUGGAAACGAGGAAGAAACAGCUCGCUGCCUGGUGUGACUUGGUCCUGGCAUAUCACAAGCAUCACAAACUCUUCAGUCUAGAUCUAAAAGAAGCUCAGUCAUCACCGCUAUUCAACAACUCAAAGAUCAAUAGAAAAUUAUCCACAGAUUCAAUUUGUACAAUUUUAGAAGAACUCGGCAAUAAAGGAAAUAUAGAAUGGACAGAUAAGACAAAGACAAGGUGUUUAGUCAUGUGGAGAACGCCUGAAGAAUGGGGUGACUUGAUUUACAGAUGGGCUUCUAGCAAUGCUAUGACCAACACAGUGUGCACUCUGUACGAGCUGGCUCAUGGAGAUAACACAAAACAAGAAGAAUUUGUUGGCCUCGAAGACUGGCUACUUAAGAGAGCUUUGAGGGCGCUAGAAAAACAAAGGAAAGCAGAGUUAAUGUCAUUUGGUAAUGGUGAAGGGGUUAAAUUCUUUUGAUAUGUACUCUGUCUAGCUAUUUGUUGUUUUUAAUCAAAGAUACAUGUAAAUGUUUAUAGCAAAUUUAUUUCCUAAGAAUGUAACCGUUGUUGCUUACGUCUUAGUAGUAGUACAUGUAGCAGCAAUUAUGGCUGAAAUAAGAAGGUGAAAUGAUAUAAGGUAUUUGAACAUAAACAAAAUAUGAUGUUCAUCAAAGUUUCAGUGUGUUUGAGUGAUAUGCCAUCCAUAUCACUAAAAACACAUUCAUUUCUACUGAAUUUGAAAACUUAGACUGGAAAAUAACAAGUUUGCUUUUAUUUUGUGAAAGCAGGACAUGACCCAUAAUACUGCAUACUUGUUGUGCACAAUUUUGUGAGAAUAUCCCUAACCAAAACAUAUUCCAGUCCAAACCUUUCUUAAAAACAAUUUCUAAUGCUUACAAAUAGAUUUCUUGGAAACUAACAGAUUUUUUGAGAGAUGUCAGCUUUCAUUUGGCAAAUAUUACCAAUAGUAUGAUUGUGGUGAUCAUGUAUAUCCAGAUUUCAAAAGCAGGUCGUGGCUGAGCGGUCUAGUUUACCGCACCUAAGCUCUGGUGUUGUUGGCAGCAGAGUGCAGGUACGAUUCCUGGUCAUGAAACUUUUGCCCUUGAACCCAACUUGUUUUAUAAAAUGAGGUUAGCUCUUCAGGUAUGCUUCUACAAACAGUCUUAGACCAGGGGGGCUUCAAAAAAUUGGUGUGCCCUUUAAGGCACUGGACACUAUUGGUAAUUACUCAAAAUUGAUAGCAAACAACUUACUUGGUAACGAGCUAUG